UAUUUUCUUGGUUUGGGCAAUUAGGCCUAUGGUUUGAGAUUUUAGUUUUGGCAAAUGGCAAUCAUAAUCACAUUUUGUGAUUACAUUUGUGUGAAAACAAACGGUACCUAGUUAAUUCAAAAUUGCCUGUAUACUCUGGCACAAAUUAAAUAAAAGCCGGAAAUAUGUCUAAUACAAAAAGCAGUGAGGAAGACACUGAAAUUAAUAGACCAUCCACGUCGCAAUCAUCUGAGCUUCCACCAUUGCGAUCGAUAAGUUCACACAACAAUACAAUGAAUGAAGCAAACAAAACAUCUAAGUCUGUUAACUCGCCUAAUUCAGGUCCGUCAGCAGUUUCUUUUAAUUCAGAUGUGAUAAAUGGUUUGGCAAAACAAUGUGAUAACAUAAAUAUCAGUAACAAUAAAGUUAAUGAUCAAAAAUCUAGUACAAAUUCUCCUAAAAAGAAAAAUGUUAGAAAAAGAGAAAACAAAUUACAGUUAAAAAUUCCAUCAGAAAAUACACCUUCGAGGAUUCAGUCGGCACCACCAGUCCCGUCUCAAAACGGUCAUACAUUAGUGCACGAGAUUUUUCUAAAGCAAAUUACGCCAUUAUAUGCAAGUACAAGUACCAGGUAUUUAGACAACGUAUCUCAUAACGCACAGUUCCAUUUGAUGCAAGCAAUGUACUUUCGGGAAAUGUUUCAAUAUUCUUAUUUUCCAACCAGUGUACCAAAUACACCAUUGAUGCAACAAGCUCAUAAUUCCAAAUCACAAGUUUAUCCGCAUCCAACCAUGUCACAUAAUCCUAAUAGCCCUCAAACUUAUUUACAAAAUGUGUAUCAGCAUCCUCUAUUGAGUCAAAAUUAUGCAAAUAAUAUGAAUCAAAACUCCAAUCGUAAUCAUGUUUUCCACCCUGCUAUGCAUCCAUUUGCCAAUCAGAAUAAUGCCAAUCAGUCACCAAGGGGAACAAAGCAACACAGUAAUAAGGAACAGAAAGACGACAGAAAGUUUGAGUCCUACAUAUCUGCAGAAGAGGUGGAGACAGGUUUAAAAAAUAACACACUGCUUGAGGGAGUUUUAAGAAUAAACCCUAAACAGUUUCAACUUUCAUAUGUUUCAAGUAUGGAUAAAAGUGAACAGGAUGUUCUUAUAGAUGGUAUAAAAAAUAGAAACAGGGCCUUGGAAGGGGAUGUUGUUGUUAUACAAUAUAUUGAUAGUGACAGUGAGGAAAGUGAUGAUGAAAAUAAGCAAAAGAGAGGCAAAGUAGUUUAUUUAAAGGAAAAGGUCCACAAUAGAACAUGUAUAGGAGGUUUAAAACUUAUGCCAGACAAAAAUAGACAAAAAGCAUUAUUUGUGCCCAGAGACCACAGGGUUCCUCGUCUUAACAUACCUUUUACCAACUGGCCGGAUAACUUUUACCAGGAUGUGAAAAGUUAUGAAAAUACAUUGUUUUUAGCAAAAAUUUCAGAUUGGUAUGAUACAAGAUUUGCUGUUGGUAACCUUGUAUGUAAUAUAGGAGAGUCAGGGGAUAUGCAAACUGAAACUAAAGCUAUUCUAGCCCAAACAGAUUUAGAUGUAAAACCUUAUGGACCGGAAGUAAGACACCUAUUUCCUGGCCUUGAUUAUAUUAUACCUGAUGAAGAAUUCAAAAAAAGGGAAGAUUGCACAAAGAUGUGCAUCUUCAGCAUUGAUCCAUUUAAUUGUCGUGAUAUAGAUGAUGCUGUUUCAUGUAGAAAACUAGAAAAUGGGAACUAUGAAAUUGGAGUUCACAUAUCAGAUGUUGCCCACUUUCUUACUGAAAAUACACUGUUGGAUGAGAUAGUGGCUGAGAAAGCAACAACUAUUUAUAUGGUACAGAGAGCCUACCAUAUGCUGCCAGAUGAAUUGUGCAUGUUGUGUUCACUGUUUCCUGGCGUAAAUAAACUUGCAUUCUCAGUUUUUUGGGAAAUAACGGAGGAUGCUGUAGUAUUAAGUCACAGAUUUGCAAAAACAGUUAUUAACUCCUGUUCCCAAUUAGCAUACGAGCAUGCCCAGGCUGUCCUUGAAAAUAAAGAGGAUGCAGAAAAAUCUUUCCCAGAAAUAUAUAAUGGGCUUACCUAUCAGGACAUUUAUAAUACAAUAAAAAUAUUAGGAAAAAUAUCAGCAAUUUUUAGAAAGAAAAGGUUCAGUGAAGGUGCAUUACGUAUUGACCAACCUAAAGUUUCAUUUCAUCUUAAUACCGAUAACGGAUUGCCAGAUUCCUACUGGAUUUAUGACAGUAAAGAAAGUCAUCAGCUUAUUGAAGAAUUCAUGCUUCUUGCAAACAUGACCGUUGCUAAAAGAAUUCAUGAGGACCAUCCCAAGUUGGCAUUUUUAAGGUGUCAUCCGCCACCUAGUCCUUAUAUGCUAAAUCAGCUUGCUAAAUCACUGAAGCCUAUGGGCAUUGAUAUUGAAAUUUCCUGUGCUGGAGAUUUACAUAAAUCAUUACUACCUUAUCUGAGCCCAGAUAUUGCGGACCGUGGUAAAGCUAUGGUUCUUAAUAUGCUGUUUGCUAAGCCAAUGACUAGAGCUAAAUAUUUUUGUGCUGGAGUUUGUGACGGUGAUGAAGACUUUCAUCACUAUGCCCUCAAUGUUCCGCUUUAUACACAUUUUACUAGUCCAAUUCGACGCUAUGCUGAUAUUAUGGUUCAUAGAUUAUUAGCUGCAAGCCUAAAUUAUAGAGAGCCAAUUCAAUGGGAAGUUAGGAAAGUUGGUAUGGUAGCUGCACAAUGUAAUAAGCAAAAGUAUAAUGCCAAGAAGGCAGGAGAAUUGUCCACUGAACUAUACACAUUGAAAUACAUUGAGAUGCAUUCCCCGCUGAUAACUGAGGCUGUUGUAGUUGAAGUCAGAGAAAGGUACAUUGAUGUAAUAAUAGUUGCAAUGGGAUUGAAUAGAAGAAUUUUCUUCAAUAAUGAUUUUCCGGGCACGUACAAAUGUAUAAAAAACGAUCUGGGCGCUAAAUUAUCAAAAAUGGAAGUAAAAUGGGACAAAACUGACAAACUACCUGCUGUAGAAGAGGUUAUUGAGGUGUUCUCCAUUUUAAAAGUAGAAAUGCACAAAGGCGACGAUAUGGUUAAAGUGGAGACUAAACUUGUAAGACCCCAAUAGGGCAUAGUAUUUGGACAAAUUUAUACAUUAUUGUAUAAUUUUUAUUUUUUAAAUGUAUAGAAUUUGGUAUAUUUUAUACAUUUUUUUACUAUUAAAAUACAACAAAAUUACAGUACCGACGGGUAAUAACCCGCGAUUACUUGCGUAGUCCGUUCAUCAUCAUCAUCAUAAUAAUGACGUUCACUUCUAGACAUAGGUCUUAUGUAGGUUGAUGAGUUGAGACUCUCUGCAACGCACUUGUUGUCUUCUGUCAACCUUGUUGGGGAUAGACCAAUGCUGAGCUACCAGUGUGGGGCUGCCAUUCCAGCACCUUGGGACCCAAACGUCCAUCCUUUCUCCGAGCUAUGUGCCUCUAUCAUUUCCACUUAGCUUCGCGACUCGUUGAGCUACGUCGGUAACUCAGUUUCUUCUACGGAUCUCCCCAUUUUUGAUUUGAGAACGUAGAUUCACUCCGAGCAUAGCUCUGUCAAUCGCCCGCUGAGCCUUAAGAAAAAAGCGACCAUGUUUUAUGACUUGUGUGUAGGCCGUUGCGCUUGAAAAAUUUUACGGUCCUACCCGUCGUGACUGGAAUUUUGUUAUGUAGUUUUACUAGCGACAGUAGUUUCAUCUAGUAGAAAACGUUGUAUUUUCGAUCUCUUUGUAGUAUAUAAAACUUUGUAUUUUUCCUUAAUGUGCUAAAUUGUUCUAAGUAAAUUAUAGUCAGGACGUUGAUAUAAUGAGUUCCAGACAAGUCAAGAUUUGAUACACGAAGUAACUUUGAAGUGUCGUUAGUUUACAAUGAAAAUAUUUUUGUUUAUUUGCCUUACAAAGGACUAAACCAAAAUAUCAACUUCGGAUUAAAGGCAUAGCACGAGAUUGCUGCACUUUUAUAGUCGUAAAAAUGUAACAGGCCCGUUUUGACAUUUGUGCAAGACCAUAGAAUGUAACUUGGA